UGAGCGGAGCGGGGCGCUCGUACAUCUUUAUGUGCUGCUACAACCGCAGUUCACAAGAUUGAGCCGAAUGAAACAGGAGAACAACUUGAAAUAUGAUGAUGGAUCACCCGAAUCGUUUCUCAUCGCUCGGACAGCUGUAACAUCGGAGGAUAACGCGUGAAUUCAUCAAAGGGUCGACGUUUAGGGCUUCACUUUGUUUGACAUUCAGCCGGCGACAGAAUGAUCGAGGAAGGCAGUAAACGAGGCAAGGCCAUGGUGGAGAAGAGACAGCUCUUCAUGGAAAUGAGAGCUCAGAACUUCGACGUUAUUAGACUGUCAACUUAUAGGACCGCCUGCAAGCUCCGGUUUGUGCAAAAGAGAUGCAACCUUCAUUUGGUGGACGUCUGGAACAUGAUCGAAGCCUUUCGUGACAACGGGCUCAACACAUUGGACCACAACGCUGAGAUCAAUGUGUCACGGCUAGAGACUAUCCUGUCUUCCAUCUACUACCAGCUCAACAAGCGGCUGCCCACCACCCACCAGAUCAAUGUGGAACAGUCCAUCGGGCUGCUGUUGAACUUCAUGGUGGCCACCUACGACAGUGAGGGCCAUGGAAAGCUUACAGUUUUCUCAAUGAAGGCCAUGCUGGCAACGAUGUGUGGGGGGAAAAUUGUGGACAAACUACGUUAUAUUUUCUCACAGAUCUCUGACUCAAGUGGCGUCAUGGUCUUUGCCAAGUUUGACCAGUUUCUCCGGGAGGUGCUGAAGCUGCCCACUGCCGUGUUCGAGGGUCCCUCGUUUGGCUACACGGAGCACUCAGUGCGGACAUGCUUCCCGCAGCAGAAGAAGAUCUUGCUGAACACAUUUUUGGAUGUAUUGAUGGCAGAUCCGCCCCCUCAAUGCCUGGUGUGGUUACCACUCAUGCACCGACUCGCUAAUGUUGAAAAUGUCUUCCAUCCAGUGGAAUGCUCAUAUUGCCGGAGUGAGAGCAUGAUGGGUUUUCGGUAUCGGUGCCAACAGUGCCAUGGCUACCAGCUCUGUCAGAGCUGCUUCUGGCGUGGCCAUGCCAAUGGUCCCCAUAGUAACCAGCACCAGAUGAAGGAGCACUCAUCCUGGAAGUCUCCGGCCAAAAAGCUGAGCCACGCGAUCAGUAAAUCUCUAGGCUGCGUCCCCAUCGGAGAGCCACCUCAUCCUGUGUUCCCUGAGCAGGCGGAGAGACCGCAGGAACUCACCCACACAGUUCAGCCGAAACCAGUGGCCAACAACAUGAACGACACAAUGCUCAUGUCCUCUGGGACACCUACUCCUACCAAAAGUGUCUUGGAGAGUCCCAGCCGACUAGAUGAAGAGCACCGCCUCAUCGCUCGCUACGCUGCCCGCCUGGCAGCCGAGGCGGGCAACUCUACACAACAAUGUCCUCCAACAGAUCUGAGUUUCAACUUUGAUGCCAACAAGCAGCAGAGACAGCUGAUUGCAGAGCUAGAGAACAAAAACAGGGAGAUCCUCCAGGAGAUCCAGAGGCUGCGUUUGGAGCACGAGCAGGCCUCGCAGCCGACUCCAGAAAAAGCGCAGCAGAACCCCACCCUCCUGGCCGAACUACGACUCCUCAGACACAGGAAGGAUGAGCUGGAGAGGCGCAUGUCUGCCUUGCAGGAGAGCAGACGGGAGCUGAUGGUGCAGUUGGAGGGACUCAUGAGGCUGCUAAAGGAUGAGGAGCAGAAGCAGGCAUCCCAGUCGGGAGGCUCCCCUCAUUCUUCCCCUAGUCAUGGUGCGGGCUGCUCCAUGCCCAUGCCCAUACGCUCCACCUCUGCGGGGUCCACCCCGACUCACACACCACAGGACUGCCUGGCGGGGGUGGGCGGGGACGUGCUGGAGGCCUUCGCUCAGGGUGUGCCUAGAAAUCUUCGGAAUGAUCUAUUAGUUGCUGCUGACUCAAUCACAAACACAAUGUCAUCGUUGGUGAAAGAGCUGCACUCAGUAGAUGAUGGCGGAGAGGAAGAGGAGACCAACAUGAGGAAUGGCGGGGACAGAGCUGAGGCAGAAUGAACUACAAAAAAAGCACAGUGAGAGUACAGAAGCACUGAGGGAAAGAGAAUACCAUUCCAUCCUAUACGGACACACAGUCAUCAGCUGGGACGAAUCAGUAACAACAACCCCCUGGCAUUAGCACGUAGAGUAAUGCAUGCUGUAAUCUAACAGGAUUUCACUAUGUGAACUGAAACGUUUCCUCACACCUUGCAGGUAGCAAGAUGUGUCUAAUUAGCGAGUGUAUAUGUUGUUCUGUAUACAAAAACUGCUGUAAGUACCCAAUGAUUUCCCUCAUGACUGCUAAGGAAUGGCUUGCUGUGCUUUCUCCCCCCCACUGUUCCAUUGAAGCAGAUCAUUCUGUAUAUAAUACUGUAAACACAUGACCUUGGGAACGCCCCGACAUGGAAAUGACCUAUUUUCACGACAUGUUCCCUGUCAUUGCUUUUUGUAUGAUUAGCGCUAGUAUUAUUAUUAUUAUUACUUUGUUUGUUUUGUUUUAUUUCAGCGUUUUUGCAUGAAGUUGCACUCAUGUCUGGAUUUAGGUACUGUACCAUGUUAUGCCAGCUCUUUGUGGGUUUAUGAUGACAGCUGGAGUAUCAGAAGUGUCUUGCCUCAGAAUUCACACUGGGUGUGUUUACACGCACGUUCACACUCUCAAGUAUUCUUUUUAAAGACUUGCCGCGUGUAGACGCCAUAUCUCGUUUACAGCGCGCAGGGUAAAGCUCCAUUUGGGGUGAUGAUGGAUUCCAAAUGUGACAGGUCGGAUAUGCCCCCAUUAGCCCGGUUACUGAGGCAAGUUGACACCUUAUACCAUUUACUGGUGGGCGCAGUCUGUGUCAGCUCAGUUUCCAUGGCAAUACGCAGCCUAUUCUGUCUAUUCGUGUAUACAGGGAAAUCGGGAUAUGAAGAUGCACAUAAACAGCUUAUCCCCGUUAAGACCUUCACCAGAAUAUGAGCUAAACCCCAGAAUACUGUGUGAAUGUAAACACACUCAUUGAGUCACAUACUGUACUGCUGCUACUGUGCGCUCAGUGAGCCACCCCUUGCAAAUACAGAGGGCUGUGUGGUCAGAGAAACCGAGGGGCUAUGCUAUAAACACAAUAAUGGGCUCACGCUCAUUGUUUGAUCGCAGUGAAAACUCAACCGACAUAAAGAACCAUACACACCUGAAGGGCAUUUCAACAAUCACGCAGCACGGUGCCUCCUUCCAAAUACACUGACUAGUUGGUAGCAACAGUAUUUAUUGUGUAAGUAAAAAGGUAGGGAAGCACCUCAGGAUGUUUAAAUGAGUAGUACAAAAUUAGGUCGUUGAGUUUUGUGAAUUGCAAAAUGGACACUUAUGUAGUAACGCGAGGAUGUGAGAAAGUAGUAAGCAAGUAGAAACUGUUUUGAUAGCUUUAUUUAAUUAACAAAGGAAUAGAGAUAAUGUCUAUGUGCAAUGAAGGUAGGUGCUCAGGGACUGUAGAGCUAUUGUAGGUGGAAAUGUGGUGGUUUUGUCCUUUGGUUGCUCAAAGUCGUUUGGUUUGCCGGAGGUCAAUUCGCUUUGAGUCAGUGAUGACUCAAAGCGAAUAGUGUCAUUCCAAAACACUAUACAUCCACUGUGAGCCAAAUUUAUCAUUAUUAUUAUUAUUAAACUGCAGGUGAUCCUAUUAUCAGUAAAGUUACGGUCGUAGACAAAGGUUUUAAUAUAGAUGAUGACUUUAAUAAUAUCUAGAACUUAAUUUUAUUCUCAUAUCAGAAAUUAUCUUGUGACAGAAGAUGUCACUUUUUUCCCAAAUGGUGGAUGUCUCAUUUUGGAAUGAGACUCUUCACAUAUAAAGAAGAAAAUAACAGCAAGUGGUGAAGGGAGGGUGAAAAAAAAGAGGCUGUUAAAGAAUGUGGAAUAUAAGAAGGAGAAAAGACUCUCUGAAGUGCUACUUGGUGGAGCAUGUUGAUGGGUUUAGUUUGUCUGUGUGUGAAUUUGUGUCUGCCUUGGAUAAGGAAGGCUAUCUGUCUGUCUCAGAGGUAACUGUCGACCAGAGAGGAUAUUUACUUGAAUCAGGAGGAGAUCAGGUGUAAGUUACUUUUACAUAUUUGUCUUCUGGUUCAGUGUUUUGUCAUUCAGGGUAGCCAUUCAUCUCAAGUGAAAAUGAGCGAUGUCUGGUUUUAGAAAUGUAAUACGAUAAAGGUCUAGAAACAAUUCCAGCAUUGUAUUGUUCAGUGUAUGAAGGGGAAUAAUAACGUGUCGGGCAAAGUCGGCAUGGUAACACCAACAGGAUAGAAAAAACUGAACUUUACUUGAGAAACUGAACCAGAUGCAGUGUGAACUCGCGUACUGAGAUUUGUACAGUAAGCCUAUCCUAUAAGCUAAGUAUAAGGUUUCAGCAACCUCUUACACUGUGUCAAGAAAAAGAACAAAAAGAGGCUCCUCUGUUAUCGUUAUUCUGAAUGUGAUGUUUUCAUUCAGUUCUCUGUUAAUGUUAUGCUAUGUAACCAUCAUUGUUAUUCUUCUGGUUUAUUAGUGGAGUAUAACCAUUUGAAGUCUUCAAAUCACAAGUUCAAGUGCACACUUACACUUGCAUAGAAUAGUCACCCUAAUAUGAAUUAGUCUGAAACGCAGGUAUAAAAACCAAGUACUGCAUUAUAAAACUUUGUGACCAACACUGUCAAAAGGCACAGUCUGUUCAACCUUGAAGGUCCAAAAAUAAUCGAAACGCUGAGGUAGAAAUUUUGAGAAGUAAGUUACUGUCUUCCCCUUCAUACUGGCCAUGCAUAGGAAUGCAAUGUCAAACGAAACUUUGAUUUUUCUCUCUUUUAGUUGGUGCCUGUAGCUGUUUUGUCAAGUGCUGUAUAAAGUAACCAUUCAGCAGAUAAGAUGAUCUAUCAGCCUUUAUGUAGGAGUUUUAGUCUGUGAACUUGUAGAGAUCUGUUUUUUUCUUUCUUUCGGUCUUUCUUUCUUUUCUUUUCUUUUCUUUAUUUAUUGUGUUUGGGGGGGAAAGUGAUAAACUUAUGUUCAGCCUUUACAUUUGUGCCAAACUGUUUGCAGACUUUGUGUGUCAUACAAAUUAUAUAAAACGGUGUAUCUGCAUUAGUAUGUUGUUGUUGCCCAUAGUUUAUUCACAGAAUGCCUGAAGUUAUGCACAUUUAAUGGUUUACACACUGCUGGAAUCUGGAAAAGCUAGCAUUUAAUAGCAGCAGAAUAAGAUAGUAAACACAUUCCAAAUGUACUGAUAGACUCACUGAUGUCAUUCUAGCCAAUGCAGAGGCAAUACUGUAUACCCUAUCUGACCAAACCCGGGGUAAUACACAUAGAAGACAGCCAACCAUAGAGAGGUGUAUACAUUGUGAUCCUUUUAUUGUUUGCAGAGAUCCAGUGUGCAAGAGGACAACCUCAGCAACACUCCCCUAAUGUUAUUUAUCUAUGUAUGUGUUAUGUAUGGUUAUGCUUCUGGUACACAUUUGUUUCUCAUGUUAAUUUUACAAAACAUAGUUUUAUGUCACACGGCCACUGUCUUUUGUAAAUAAAUAAAUUGUGAGAUAUAUAUUAAAAAUAUUUAAAAUAUC